AAAACUCUCUGUCUCUCAUCCCCAGAGUUGACCAGCGGUGUGGUUCUCCUAUUAUAUUAACAUCCUCCUCUCUUCGCCCUCCUACUCCUUAAUUUCUCUUGGGCAGAAGGUCGAAUCAAUCUUGCUAGUGCAGCAGAAGCAGCUCUAGACCUGCAACUGCAGGAAGGGUUUGGUUCUUAAGAGCUGUUCUGGCCAUGAAUUCUCUGAGCAUGGUGGAGGCAAGGCUGCCUCCGGGGUUCAGGUUCCAUCCGCGGGACGACGAGCUCGUGCUGGACUACCUCGCCAAGAAGCUCAGCAGCGGCGGCGGCGGUGGCGCGGUGGUGAGCAUCUACGGCUGCCCGACGAUGGUCGACGUCGAUCUGAACAAGUGCGAGCCCUGGGACCUUCCUGAUAUUGCGUGCAUUGGUGGAAAAGAGUGGUAUUUCUACAGCCUUAGGGAUAGAAAGUAUGCAACCGGCCAACGAACAAAUAGAGCGACUGAAUCAGGCUACUGGAAGGCCACUGGGAAAGACCGUCCAAUAAGCCGGAAAGGGUUGCUUGUUGGUAUGCGCAAAACCCUUGUGUUUUAUCAAGGCAGAGCCCCAAAGGGGAAGAAGACUGAGUGGGUUAUGCAUGAAUUCCGCAUGGAAGAAUCAGGUGAUCCCAUGAAGUUACCUUUCAAGGAGGACUGGGUAUUGAGUAGAGUUUUCUACAAGAGUAGGGAAACAAUUGCCAAGCCACCCACACAGAGUGGCAGCUACAAUAUUGACACAGCCACAACUUCAUUGCCUCCCCUGAUUGACAACUACAAUAUUUCCUUUGACCAGCCUGGCUCAGUGCAAAACCUAGAGGGUUAUGAGCAAGUGCCCUGCUUCUCCAAUAAUCCCUCUGAGCCAUCGUCAUCGAUGAACGUUGCGCUGUCGUCCGCCAUGGUUUAUCAGGAGCAGCAUAUGGGAAGGUCAAUCAAGGACGUGUUUAUGACCCAGUUCAGCAGGUUUGAAGGCAACAACGUGAAGAGGGAGGCGCCUCAAAGUAAAUUUUCUCAGGAUGCAUUUGAGUAUUUAACUGAGAGCGGCUUCACACAGAUGUGGAACUCGUUCAAUUAAUUGAUUUUAUAGCAAGAUUAUUGCAAAGGAGGAUGAUAUGGAAUUCCUUGACAAAAAAUGAGGAUGAAUAAAGAGAACUUGGGUGAGUGUGCCUGUUGUGCUAUUGCAUGUAGCUGUAGUAUAUAUAUAGUACCAUUUCAGUUCACAUUUGUCACAAAGAAAAGGAGAUGAUCAAAGAGGAAGAUAUAUGUAUGCCAUCAAUGAUGUAAAUACAUUAUUUUGUGUACUAUGGACAAGACAGAAAAAUUAGUACGCGAUGACAGAACAAUAUAUAUAUUAAAAAGAAUAGAAUCUUCUUAUA